AUGGAUCCAAACGCUGGAUCUUUUGAGCCGGGACAAGGUCGGAUACCGAGUGAAGAAGGUAGAGAGAAUUCGUUAUUAGGUAGAUUGCAACACUUGGAUUUGGGAGGAGAGACGGGGACGGAGCAGGGUGGCUUGGUGCUGCAGUGGGGUCAGUCGCUGCAAGGAGCUCAGCUGCAACAGACAUAUAGAAACGGACAUCCUAACCAAUAUCAAACAUUCCUCGAUACGGGCUCGACUGGAGCACAUCAUCUUCAAUCAUCAAGCGACGUGGGCGUACAGAGAAGCUUACCAGCACCUGGCAGCUUGCAAUCACUGGGUGCCUUGCAUAUCAAUCAAGGACAACAACAAUUCUUAAAUUCCUCUCAGCCACUGUCAUCAAGUUCAGCACAGGCUACCUUUCAAGGCAACUAUAAUCAGAGCCAAACAUCCUACAAUUGGGCACAGCCAGCACAAUCACUGGGAUACCUCCCUUCUUCUGCAAUUCUGGCCAGGAACUUCAACGGCUUGCCACUUACUGUUGGAUCUCCGAUAGUAGGAGAAAGUCGCGAGCCAGUUGAGGGUAUAGAGAACGAAAUUCUCGAGCUCGAGAGGCAGGUUGAACAAGAGUACAAAGAUUUUUGUUAUCACCGCUCAAUACGACAAAACAGAGAAGUUAGCUUCGACAACCUCAAAGCGUACGUUGCUGUACUUGAACAGACCCUGUUAAACACAUUCCAACGAAGUCAACAACUCCAAAUCAAGCUCUUGUUCGGCGCAGAUAUCGGAAAUCAAUUUGAAAACUUGGUUGCAACACUAUUGACACACUUGUUUCCACAAGUAGAAGAGAAGUUUUUGAAGCGUAAUUGGGAAAAAAUACGCCGUGGGAAACGUCCUCUACCCCGAUUCCCACCUGGUGGUCCUGUAUAUCUGAACAGGACACCGAAACUAUUCAAGAUUCAAAUCAAGCUUGUGAUCAAAGCCUACGCGAUCCUCGAAAGUAAUUUGUGUGUCUGCAAAAUUAAGGAACAGGAAUACGACGACAGCAUUGACGUAGAAGCGGUUCACGAGCUACAAGAAUACCAAUUUGAAGAGGCUUGCACUGAAGUCGAGUACCCUGCUGAUACCUUUCCCAUCCCCAAUAGCUUUUUGCCUACUACCAGUGAAGGGGGAAAGAUUCCGGUUCAGAGCUUCGCUCGUGUUAUAGAGAGAAUAUCGUACUUUUUUUGUUUUGAUCCUCCAUUGAGUCCAGACGCUGUACCUUUGGAGAACCUCGUAGCGAAGGAUAAGGAUCUGGUGCAUAUUUGGGCUGGCUCGGGUUCGGCCAGUGGGAAAGAGACUGUUAGACGAAGAGAGAGAACUCCUAUUAAGACUGGCACAAUUCUCAGGAAGAGAAAGAGUAGUGCUAGGAUUGGAUUUGGAAUGGAUGGUUCGGGUUCCUCUGAAGAUAUUGGGCAAUCAAGUCCAGGUCCAAGUCCUAGAAGAGACUCGGGAGUAGACUCUGUUAUGGCAUCUGAAGCCGAUUCCGAUGAUUCAAUCAUUACUGUUAUUAAUAUUCCAACUUAUGAUGUUGAGGAAGAUAUGGUCAAGCCUUUGAAUGUUGGGUCGCUCGAUGGUGAGGGAAAUCUCAUUACGAUUGGGAAGAUGGAAAGUGGUUUGAAGAUGUUGCGGGAAGAUAAGAUGAGUAAGAAUCUUCAUGAUGAGUUGGAAUAUUCAUCAACUCCGAGUAAAGUAAAAGGAAAAAGUAUUGCGUCGAUGGAUAUGGAUGAUUCAAAGGGAGAGGGCGCAGAUGACUUUUCUUCGUCGUUGAGAGGUCUCAGUCGUAUCCUGGCGAGUAACCAUAGGAUGUUUCUAGCAAGUAGGGAGGAGGAAGAUCGAAUCAAAGAUUCGGAUAAUAAUGUUUUCGCUAAGAACAAAUCAUUGAGUACUAAACAUAGUACUCCAACGGGUUUACCACUACCAUCAGACAUCCUCGACACACCUGCCGAAGAUACACAAGCUGUUUGGCAUGAAUACGCGUUUCCUGGAAGCAAGAAUGAGUCAGACUCUCAUACCACAUCAGUGUCUAGCUGUGAUAAUAUCAAUAGCUCUGAGAGCGAGAAUGAACUGGAAAGACUUUUCAAGGUGGAUUCAGUACAUACCUCGGAGCCUGAAAUUCGAGAUGGAUAUCUAUCUUACGAAAUUUCCACUCCUAUCAACAUUAAAGACUUCGAUUUCGAUUCUGAAAAUGAGAAUAAAUCGACAUGUUACUCUAACGUGGAGUGCGUACAGGAUUCGGAAACCGAGAGGAAGGAUAAAGAUCCUGAUAUAAAGUUUACUCAUGAAAUCGAUAUCGAUUUGAACCUCGAAGAAGAAGAAAAAGAGCCGGAAAAAAUAGUCAAAAGUCAACAUGAACUACUUUGGGAUGAAAUAUCGAAAUCUGUUGAUAAAGCUCUCGAUGCAUCGCAAGAGAAUAGACGGAAAGAGAGCAUUCGAGGAUUUUCUCUCAAAGUACCUCAUUUAGUUUAUGAGGCUAAGCAGGGCCUUUAUCGCUCGCCUUCUCCUACUCGUUCUAGCAAGAGUAAUGAGAUUGUGGGGGAGGUGAGUUCGUUGAAGGAGAUAGAGUUUUGUGCUAGUGGACUUAAAGAUUGUGGUAUGGAGGAAGGUAAUUUGGUAGCAAGUGUUGAGGAAUUAGGCAAAGACUGCUCAGCUCAAAUGCAAAGAAAGGAUGAUCGUACGAUUGCGAGUCGAGAGGGGGUUUCGAGUAAUUUUGGAAGCCCGAUCUCGUUGUCUGUGAUGGGGAGUGGGGGAAGAGAUUAUCCUGAGUCUGGGUUGACGGAAGAUGAGGGUGAUUUGGGUGUGAGUAUUGGUGUGGAUGAUGAAAACUGCAAAUCGUCGGAUUCUCCGUGUCGGCAAGUUAAAAUACGUAUUUCUGGGGAUGAGGUUGACGGGCACUCUUCAGAUCACAAGGGAAUUCGUGAAGACUCGGUGGAGCGUGAAAAUGAACGCAAUAUUGCGAAUUCAGAGCGCUUUUCGCCUGUGCAUCAGAGAGUCAUACAACUGAUGACACCUAAGCAUGGUCGGUAUCGCACGGUUAGAGAAAAGGUUGGUAAAACCCCAGCGAGUUACCGGAUGUCUGAUGCGCAGGUAAACAAGAAGAAUGCGUCGCAUGGACUGGGGAGUGUUGCCAUGGAGAGAAAGGCUUCACGAUAUCCGGCGAAAGAGAGAGCUUUCUCGCAGCCUUGUUGGUCGAAUAAGAUGAAUUGGGUUCAUCAUUUUUCGCCUGGUUCGUUUAGAGCUGAUGAGUCUAAGGAUUCUGAUGGGAAUGGAUCGGAGGAAUGGUUGCUGGGAAAGGAGGGAUGUAGUGAGAUUGAAGAGGAGAUGGAAAAAUUCUGGAAACGCAAUUCGGAGGGACCGAUGGCUCAGUUUAGGAAGGCGAUGGAGAAUAUGAAUACGGAGACUGAUACUAAGAGAGAAGAAAGAAAGAAGCUUCCGGUGAUGGAUCGAAAGAUGAAGAGGAAGAUGGCGGAUUUAGGAUCGUGGGAAUCCACGACGGAUGAGAAUGAACGGGUUGCGAUAGGUCCUAUGAUUAUACGUCGUUCGAUGCCUCAAUUGGAUGGCCCUAGCUCGCCACCAUUGCUAGUGGCGGAGUCUCCGGCUGGAAGCACUCGCUCUCCAUCUCCUCGUAAGAGACUACAAAAGGUUAAUCGGUCGAAAUCGCCUACUCUGAUGAAGUCGUCUAGUUCUUCGCUGGGGAAGAUUUUUCAGAAUUCGAGGGUGGAGGGGAUGGAGGGGGAGGUUAGGGAUUUGAAGAGGGAAGUUGAAGAGUUGAAAAAUAUGAUUGGGAGGUUAGAGAGGGAAUUUGAAGUGGCUGUUAGUUCUAGGGGUGAGGGUGUGGGUGUGGGUGUUAAUAGGAUAGAAGGGCGGUUCAUGGACAAAAUGAAUGAUGUUUGGAGUGUGGUUUAUGGGAAAGAUUGGGAGGAAGAGGAUACUGGCGAGGAAGGACGGGGUUGGAUAUAUUUGGAGGAGAUAGAGUGGAUGAGAGAGGUUAGGGAUGUGGGAUUGUUGAAGAUUGUGGGAAGGAUGAAGAAGGAAAAAGAUAUGGAGGAGAUUAUGCGUGCGGUGGAUGGAUUCUUGAAGGAAAAACAAAACAAAUCAUUUGAGAAAGAUCUGAUGGUACCGAGUUCGAUAAAUACUGAGCUUGAGAAUGAGGAUGUUUCUGCUCCGAAAAUAUCGAUGGAAAAACGCGGUAGUAGGGGGUCCGCGAUUGGUGGGAGGUUGAGAAUAGAUCAGUCUUGUACUGUAAUACCGCAGCGAGAGAUUGGAGAAUUGUCCGAGGAUGAGGUGGGACUGGAGGGGGAGAUUGCGGGAUCGAAGGGAGAAAGAUGGGAUUUGAAAGGUGAGAAGAGUGAGGGAUGUGAUAUAGGGAUGCUUGGUGAUGUUCGGGCGGGAGAUUGGAUUAUCAGUAGGGAUUCAGAAGUGAAGGAUUGUGGGUUGGUAUCUGCUGUACCUUUGUGUGUGGAUCAGACUGGGGUUCAAUCUGAAAGUAGGACUCCGCGUCCUUUAAAUAUACAAAAGCUUUCAGACCUACCACGUCUUGAAAGUAGUGAAGAGAUUGAAAGAGAGAGGAUGAGGAAAGCGGAGGAGAGCCGGAAAAGCGAGAUGGUUUGUGGAAGAGUGACUCGGAAUGAAAAGUGCGAAAAGCGAGGUGGUGAUAAUGAAUCGGAGUUGGAACAACUUGAUGAGGGCUUUAAUAAGGAGUACAAACGCAAUAGGAAGGUGGAGAUGAGAUAUGUUGAUAGCGAGGGGAAUUUUAUGGAUCAGCGAGAUGCUUUUAAACAUUUAUCGAGCCAGUUUAAGGGCCUGAAAGGUGGUAAAAGAAGAGAGAAAGGAAAGGGGAAGGAAGUUGAGAGAAUGACUGGAAUUGUGGGAGAGGGAGAGGGAGUUGGAGUGAUGAAAUGUGAACACGGGUGUAAAAUUAUUGGGGGUCGGAGAUUGAAUGAUAUGGAAAUGGAGGGGUUGCUUGAUGCUGAAAUUCUGGGGGGGAAGGGUACGGAAAUGGAGAAGAGCGAUUUUGAUGUAUCGGUAAAAGGAAAUGGAAAGGGGGCAGAAGUAGAAAGAGGGGUGGAGGAGGCAGAAAAGAAAGUGGAAGAUCUGGUUAAAGAUUUAUUAAAGAAACAGGAAGGAGAAAGAAUGAAAAGAGAGGAAUGGUGGGAGAGGGAACGGGAAGGGGACAAGAAGGAGAUUCAGAGACUUGGGGGUGUGGUGGAGGAAUUGAGGGAGUUAAUUUUGAGUGGGAUAGAGAAGGGGAAGGAGAAGGAGAAGGGAGGGGUUUGUAACAGUGAGAGGAGGAUGUUGGAAGAGGACGGACAUGAAGAUAAAGAUAAAGAUGAAAUGCACGAUUGUGAUAAACCGGGUUGUUGGUGUCAACCGAGUGGAAGUGGAAGCGGGAUGAAGGGUGGGAGGAAACAUGAAUGUGGUGCGAGUAAUGUGGCGAAUAUGAGGGCGAGGGAUGUUUAUGGUGAUGGGGAUAAAGACGAAGAUGGAGAAUGGGAUUCUGAAGAAAGGGGGGUGAGAAGUGGAAAUGGGAAGGGCUUCUGGGAUUGGGUUGGUGGAGGGAUUUUGUGGAGACAGGAUUGA